CAUCGAAACUCGCUGUCGGAGCUGUGUCGAGCGAAUGCGGUUUCCGAACGGUAGCCAAUUGCAAGGGCAAAACGAGGGAACGUGAGCAGCCCACGCAUCGCUGAAAUGCGAGGCGAGAUCGAGCUCAGUCGUUGCCGCUCGGCCCGCUCAGGUCGGCACAACAAGCUUUAGCGACAGUCAUCAAUUCCAAUCAAAACACGUUCUUUACCAAACGCCGUCUUCAUUUUCAGCCAUGUCUACCACCGAUCUCCCACCGUGGAAGAGCUCACUCAUCUCCCUUGCCGUAUCCUCCGGUAUCCUCACCUUUGGCUCGUAUACGCUUAAAUCACAUCGUGUCUCCCCGUACUUUGUCAACUGCGGUCUCUUCAGCCGAGCCAAGCUCAUCCGUGCGAUCAGCGAAGCUUACGCUCAGUCCCUCAAUAGCUAUGCGCAAGAACACUCAGGCUGGGACUUCGAUGUCCUUUUCGGUCCGGCAUACAAGGGCAUCCCGCUGUGUGCGACCACGGUAGAGAAGCUGGCCGGCCUGGACGAGAGCAAAUGGGGAGACGUAGGCUACUCUUUCAACCGGAAGGAGGUAAAGGAUCACGGCGAGGGUGGGUUGAUGGUCGGCGAAAGCUUGAAAGGGAAGCGAGUGUGCAUCAUCGACGAUGUCAUGACGGCGGGGACUGCCAUUCGAGAAGCGAUUUCCAUCAUUGAGAGCCAGGGCGGCAAGCUCGUAGGCAUUAUUGUGGCGGUUGACCGGCAAGAGAAGAUGCCAAGUCAAAGCGAGAAGGAUGGCAAAGGGGAUGAUGGUAGUCCUAGAGGUAGCACCAUUGGCGAGGUUCGCCGAGAGACUGGGGUGCCGGUCAUGGCCGUGCUCACGCUGGACGAUCUUAUUGUCGGCAUGCGGCAGCUGCGAAGAGAAGAUGAGGUCAAGCAGAUGGAGGCGUACCGAGAACAGUAUAAGCCGAGCGACUAACGGACGAACAUAUUGAUUCCCGAUCUACGCUAAAAGCGAGGUCGUGCGCCUCACAUGCUGAACUCACAGCGGGCCUGAAGCUGAGCAUUGCAUGAUAUAUUGUAGAGUACAAGACCCGCAGCAGAACUGAGGGUCAGAGUGGGUGGGCUUGUCCCGAUGAGGCAGUAUUGGCGUAGUGGAAGAACUUAUGAUGGAAACGUCCUGGGGAGUCCACAGCUGUUGAG